AUGACGGGCUUUGGCCAUGGUGUUAGAAGGCUUGUUAUUGGGUAUUCGUGCCGACUCCAACAACUAUCACCGAGAGAGUUACACGGUGAGGGCCAUGUGGGGAGGGACAGAAUGCUCCAGUUGAUUCAGUUUUUCUACUUCUGGCUGGGCAUACCUAAGGAUGUUGAAAAGUUUUUUCAACGAUGCCGAAUAUGCCAGAUCUCCAAAGGAGAUGCAACCAAUGCUGGCCUCUAUAUGCCAUUGCCAGUACCUUCUCAGCCAUUGACGAACAUCAGUAUGGAUUUUGUGAUAGGACUGGAGCGUACUCAAUGUGAUCAUCCUAAAGGGUGGGAUGUGAGAUUGAGUCAGGCUGAAUUUGCUCACAACCAUGCGACAAACAGGAGUACGGGGUUCAGUCCAUUUCAGGUGGUAUACUCAGCAAUUCCUCAUGGAUCCCCUCGACUUGAUUCCCCUACCGACGAAGACUCGGAUCCACGGGAAGACCGUUCUCGACAACUUGAACGCCUCAACCAUGCUACUGACUUUGUAACGAGCUUAUAG